CUUGCCCGCCAAUUCCACCCUCGCUGAUUGUGACGCCAAGAGGUUCCCGGUGAGCUCCCUCCGCCAGUAUGGACGACGAGCAGAACAGACAACAAGAAGACUGGCUCAACAGCCGCAAGAACAGGCUGCCCUCUUUCACAGAAGUCCUCUCUAGAAGGACGCGACCACCCGUGGAUUUAUUCAUGUUCUACAUUUUCCUCCAACGAGAAGGUGCAGAAGAUAUCCUGGACUUUUGGUUGGAUGUCCAGCAGCACGAGAACCUUUGCAGGGCAUAUUUUAAAGAUGUCCGAAAGUCAGGUCGGACAAUCAAAGAAGAUUGGCCUCAGUACUGGGAAUAUGCACGCCGUCGUGGGUCAAUAUAUGGCACAGUUGUUGGACUUCAGCCCAAUGCCGUAAAGCGAAGUACGACGAGCACAGCCGACAUGAUCAAUGACCAGGAAAAAAAUGCUAUGGCUCACCCUGCUGACGAGAAGCGCGGUGGUCUGCGUUCUACAACGCCUGGUUAUGAAAAGGAUCCAGAUCUUGAUCAACCACGGUCAACGACACCUUUCUCCCUCUCAGGACGGACAUCAGCCCUUUUCAAUCUCAAACGCGCAUCGCGUGCGCCAACGUUCAUUCCACGUUCUGCUGCAAUUAGUCGUAUGGACCUCAUCGCGUCCGCCGAGCGCAUCUUCUUCCGGUAUCUCUCUCCCGUUGGCACCGUAAAUUCGCCGGAAAAUCACGAAAUUUACCUUCCUCCUGCCCUCCGUAUACACACAUUUCCCCUCAGUAGCACUCAAGAGCCGAAAUCACAGAGCGACCUGAACAUGAUGGCACAUAUUCCUGAUAUGUUCCAUUCCCAGAAGGAGUACUGCUUCAGGGCAAUGGAGCAAGAUGCUUUUCCGCGUUUUCUGAGGAGUAAAGCGUUUGGAAACCUCACUCCCGUGUCUGCAUUAGUCCGACUCGUUGUCGGUCUCAUUUUGCUGUGGAUCGGCCUUGCCGCCGGCUUCGCCCUGAUAUUUCUCGAUGUACAACCUAAAUCAAAGCGAUUUUUCCUCUUCAUUCCUUUCACGUUCGCAAUUUUAUUCCUUAUCUCACAUCAAUACGAACUCGACCCGAUCCUCAUUUUCCUCGGACAGUCGGAGUCAACACCAUUCCGCAUGCUCACUAUCCGCGAGCCGUAUGUGAAGAGAUUACUACUGGGUCGUGCCAUCUGGGUUACGACUCUUGUCUCCAUUUUCGUCGUAGCGCUCACACUCCUUUUCUGGGCUGUUCCUGGACAUCGGCUAUAGCGAGUGGGACAAGCAAAGAGUUACUGCGUCUCUGUACUUAUCGGAUGGACCCCUUUUGGAAGGGUAUUCAAUGUAUGAUGCUCACAGAGGAGAGCGAGUUGGUCGAUAUUGUUGAUUUUACGCUUGGGUGACACAAGACUUUGAUAAGCAUUUAUCUUCAGCUAUUCGCCUACUCCCUCUUGCACCCCGGUCUAGUUCCACCUCCUAAUACUUCUCAUUCCGUAUUUCGCUAUCAUUUUACCUCUUAUACUCCACCAGUCCACCUUAGCUUCAUCAUCGCUGCGCUGUGAUGUUAUUUUGUUUUCCUCAUUUCCCUAAAACCUUUAUGACCUUUUUAUACGUACGUACGUGGUAGGACGUUAGGAAGUUAAACUCGUAUCUUUAAUGACAUGUUUAUGGUUGUGGUUA